UUGAGUUUGACCAACAUGGCGACUAGAGCCGGAUAUCAGCUGAAACAAAUGGAGGGAGAGGAUGGACAGGAUUCUCUCCGUACCCACAAGUGCAGCUAUUGUGACAAGGCGUUUCGCUUUAAAGGUAGCCUCGAUCUUCACCUGCGAACUCACACAUGUGAGAAACCAUACCAGUGUGAUGAAUGCGGGAAACGGUUUAGUCAGCAAAGUCAUGUGGAGAACCACAUGAGAACUCACAUCGGUGAGAAACCAUAUAGAUGUGAGGAGUGCAGCAAGCAGUUCAGUAGGCUUGGUACCCUGAAAAUACACAUACGUACUCACACUGGUGAGAGACCAUACCAGUGUGAUAAUUGCGGGAAGCAGUUAAGUCUAAAAUCUACUCUGGAGGACCACAUGAGAACUCACACCGGUGAGAGACCGUACGAGUGUGAAUAUUGCAACAAGUGCUUCAGUCAAUCAGCUCAUCUGAAGGCUCACGUGCGGACUCACAUAGGGAAAAAACUGUACAGGUGUGAGGCAUGCUGCAAGCAGUUCAGUGAACUGUCUAGUCUAAAGAAACACAUAGCUCCAAUGGUUAAACGGCGAAUCGGCGGGAAACUAAAGAAACACAUGCGGACUCAUACAGGUGAGAAACCGUACAUAUGUGAGGAGUGCAGCAAGCAGUUCAGUGACCCGAGUCAUCUAAAAGUACACAUGCGCACUCACACAGGGGAAAAGCCGUACAGAUGCGAGAAGUGCAGCAAACAAUUCACUCAGUUCCCCAAUCUUAAGAGUCACAUUCGGAUCCACACCGGUGAUAACCCGUACACGUGUGAGGAGUGCGGCAAACAGUUCAUUCAGUUGUCGCAUCUGAAGAGUCACAUGCGGACACACACUGGUGAAAACCCGUACACGUGUGAGGAGUGCGGCAAACAGUUCAUUCAGUUGUCGAGUCUGGAGAGCCACAUGUGGACUCACACUAGCGAGACACCGUACAGGUGUGAGAAGUGCAACAAAAGCUAUCGUCAUUCACGUAGUCUUCGUGCGCACAUGAAAGCUCACAUCGAUGAAAAUCUGUGA